AUGUGGAUGUUGCCCUCCACGCCGCGUGCGGCGCGCGAGCAGCAGCAGCAGCAGCAACAGCAGCGGCAGCAGCAGGAGCAGGAGCAGAAGGAAGAGUUGGAGGACCUGCUUCAUCAGCAGGAGCUGCGCCAAGAAGAACGGCAACGACAACGCCAGCGACUGCAGCAGCUGUACCAGCAGCAACAGGAGCUGCAGCAGGGGCUACAGCACUCGGGAAUUGAAUCCCUUGAGAAGGAGCCCAGCCCAGUAGCUGGAGAAGAGAAGCCACAAGGCAGCAGCAGCAGCAGCAGCAGCGGCAGCAGCAGCAGCAGAUCGCUCUUGGGACGAUGCUUAGACGCAUCAGUUGCUGCCAUUGUGUCAGUGCAGCAGCAAAUGCUCUCUCUAUUCAGGUCACUUGGCUCUCUAGCAACAGAUUGCUCCACUAGCAGCUGCUGCAUGGACAGGAAAGCAGCAGCAGACAGGGAAGGCAGCAAGAGCAGCAGCAGCAGCAGCAGCAGCACUAAUGAUAACACGCAGCAGCAGGCCCCGACAGACCCCGAAGGCUGCUGCAGCACUACAGAGGAUGAGGCUCAACUGACAUCGAGUGCAGCUUCCACUCCUGCUGCAGCGGCAGCUGCUGCAGCAGCAGAUCCUAAAGCUGCAGCAGCAAUUAACGCAGCAGGAAAGCAGCAAAAAGACCUUCAGCAGCCGCUGCACCCACACAUUGAAGCAGAUGCCUACCAGCCAGGACCCUUCUAA